AUGUUUCAAGCUAUAUCCAGAAUUUGGAGAUGCCCACCUUUGCCAAGGAGGUAAGAUUAAUGUUUCAACUUUGCGUUCAUUAAAUACAUCGGAGUUCCUAUCUGAUCGUGAAUGGAGUGGCAGGGUAGGCUUAGGGCUAUGCCUACCAACAGAAUGCAAACAUAUUGACUGUGAACUGAUGAAAUGUCAUGAUCAAGUUUAAAUGCUGUAGACUUCAUUUGCAUGAUGUGUGGGAGCAAAUUAUUAUUUGAAUGUAGCUGAGAGACAAAAUAAUCGGAGAUCAAUAUAAUUUGAAUAUUUUUCUGAUAAGAAAAACUACAUUCCAUUCCUGUUUUGAACAACACCUUGGCCUAAAGCAUAUUCUCAACAACACACUCUCUUGGCCAUCCCAACCAAUCCCAACACUUAAUACCUUUUUCCUGGCAGGAAGCACCACUGCUUACAAGGAUCCCAUCCAGAGGAGCCGUGUGUCCUGAUCCCAGGCUGCAUGGUCUCGGAAUACCAGGAAAAGUAUCCUGCCUACUGCAACACUGUCGUCCGGGAAGCCAAGAAGCCGAAGAAUGAGUACCAGCCAAUGGAAGGAAAGAUAUCCAACAUGACCACAUUCAGGUAAGAGACAGACACAUAAUUCAUCAAAGACGAUAUGAUAUUCUGACAACAUUCCCUCUUUAAUAGUUUGCGUAGUUCAUUCAGUCUGCAGGUUGUGUAAUGUCUUUAAUGUCUUUCAGGUCAGACUACGUGGCCCAUGAAGUGACCCAGAGGCCACCAAAGGUCACCAAGUUGUAUGUGCCACCUGACGGGAGAAUGAGACACAGCAGCACCUAUGUCAGGGACUACCCAACUCACCCUGUUCAGAAGCACAUCGUGACCAAGGCAGAGGAGUACCAUCCGCCCACAGCAAAGAUGGUUGCCCAGUCUUUAUACAAAGGUACAGUACGUGCGUCUUGGGGAAUGUCAUGAGAUACCAAUAAACCAUAAAUCAAAUCAAAUUUUAUUUGCCACAUGCGCCGAAUACAACAGGUGUAGACAUUACUGUGAAAUGCUUACUUACAGCCCUUAACCAACAAUGCAUUUAUUUUUUAAUAAAAAAGUAAAAUAAAACAACAAAGUGUUGAGAAAAAAAGAGCAGAAGUAAAAUAAAAUAACAGUAGGGAGGCUAUAUACAGGGGGGUACCGGUGCAGAGUCAAUGUGCGGGGGCACCGGCUAGUUGAGGUAGUUGAAGUAAUAUGUACAUGUGGGUAGAGUUAGUGACUAUGCAUAAAUAAUUAACAGAGUAGCAGCAGCGUAAAAAGAUGGGGUGGGGGGCAGUGCAAAUAGUCCGGGUAGCCAUGAUUAGCUGUUCAGGAGUCUUAUGGCUUGGGGGUAGAAGCUGGGUGAACAGGGAGUACAGGAGGGGACUGAGCACGCACCCCUGAGGGGCCCCCGUGUUGAGGAUCAGCGUGGCAGAUGUGUUGUUACCUACCCUUACCACCUGGGGACGGCCCGUCAGGAAGUCCAGGAUCCAGUUACAGAGGGAGGUGUUUAGUCCCAGGAUCCUUAGCUUAGUGAUGAGCUUUGAGGGCACUAUGGUGUUGAACGCUGAGCUGUAUUCAAUGAAUAGCAUUCUCACGUAGGUGUUCCUCUUGUCCAGGUGGGAAAGGGCAGUGUGGAGUACAAUAGAGAUUGCAUCAUCUGUGGAUCUGUUGGGGCGGUAUGCAAAUUGGAGUGGGUCUAGGGUUUCUGGGAUAAUGGUGUUGAUGUGAGCCAUGACCAGCUUUUCAAAGCACUUCAUGGCUACAGACGUCAGUGCUACGGGUCGGUAGUCAUUUAGGCAGGUUAUCUUAGUGUCCUUGGGCACGGGGACUAUGGUGGUCUGCUUGAAACAUGUUGGUAUUAUAGACUCAGUCAGGGACAUGUUGAAAAUGUCAGUGAAGACACUUGCCAGUUGGUCAGCACAUGCUCGGAGUACACGUCCUGGUAAUCCAUCUGGCCCUGCGGCCUUGUGAAUGUUGACCUGCUUAAAAGUUUUAUUCACAUCGGCUACGGAGAACGUGAUCACAUAGUCAUCCGGAACAGCUGGUGCUCUCAUGUAUGCUUCAGUGUUGCUUGCCUUGAAGCGAGCAUAGAAGUGGUUUAGCUCGUCUGGUAGGCUUGUGUCACUGGGCAGCUCGCGGCUGUGCUUCCCUUUGUAGUCUGUACUAGUUUUCAAGCCCUGCCACAUCCGACGAGCGUCAGAGCCGGUGUAGUACGAUUCAAUCCUAGUCCUGUAUUGACUCUUUGCCUGUUUGAUGGUUCGUCGGAGGGCAUAGCGGGAUUUCUUAUAAGCGUCCGGGUUAGAGUCCCGCUCCUUGAAAGCAGCAGCUCUACCCUUUAGCUCAGUGCGGAUGUUGCCUGUAAUCCAUGGCUUCUGGUUAGGGUAUGUACGUACAGUCACUGUGGGGAUGACGUCAUCGAUGCACUUAUUGAUGAAGCCAGUGACUGAUGUGGUGUACUCCUCAAUGCUAUCUGAAGAAUCCCGGAACAUGUUCCAGUCUGUGCUAGCAAAACAGUCCUGUAGCUUAGCAUCUGCGUCAUCUGACCACUUUUUUAUUAACCGAGUCACUGGUGCUUCCUGCUUUAGUUUUUGCUUAUAAGCAGGAAUCAGGAGGAUAGAGUCAUGGUCAGACUUGCCAAAUGGAGGGCGAGGGAGAGCUUUGUACGCGUCUCUGUGUGUGGAGUAAAGGUGGUAAAUAGACAGCUAUGAAAAAUAUAGAUGAAAACUCUCUUGGUAAAUAGUGUGGUCUACAGCUUAUCAUAAAAUACUCUACCUCAGGCGAGCAAAACCUCGAGACUUCCUUAGUAUUUGAUUUUGUGCACCAGCUGUUGUUUACAAAUAUACACAGACCGCCACCCCUUGUCUUACCGGAGUCAGCCGUUCUAUCCUGCCGAUGUAGCGUAUAUCCCGUCAGCUGUAUGUUGUCCAUGUUGUCGUUCAGCCACGACUCGGUGAGACAUAAGAUAUUACAGUUUUUAAUGUCCCGUUGGUAGGAUAACCGUAAUCGUAGGUCAUCAAAUUUAUUUUCAAAUGAUUGAACAUUGGCUAAUAGGAAUGAUGGAAGAGGCAGUUUACUCGCUCGCCGUCGGAUCCUUACAAGGCACCCCGACCUACGUCCACGAUAUCUCCGUCUCUUUCUCCUGCGAUUGACAGGGAUUUGGGCCUUGUCGGGUGUCUGUAGGAUAUCCUUUGCGUCCGACUCGUUGAAGGAAAAAUCUUUGUCCAAUACGAAGUGAGUAAUCGCUGUCCUGAUAUCCAGAAGCUCUUUUUGGUUAUAAGAGACGAUGGCAGAAACAUUAUGUACAGAAUAAAUUACAAAUAACGCGAAAAAACACACAUAAUAGUACAAUUGGUUAGAGGGCUGUAAAAUGGCAGCCAUCUUCUCUGGCGCCAUUCUAAAUAUAGAUUUCAAAUGAAACUAAGUCCUCUCUUUCACCAUUAUUUUCAGAGGAUUUUCGAGCAUGGCACACCCAGAAAGUCCAACCCUACAGGACGUGUGACACCCUGAAGUUGAACGACAGCAAAUUUGAGGUGUCCACCACCUAUCAAGACGACUACUGCCAUAAGGGCCCAGCCGAGGCCAGGGAGAGCUUCAAACCAGCCCCCGACACCCCAGAGACCCUGCCCUUCGACGGCGCCACCAACUACCAGACGCAGUAUGUGUCCCACCCGGUCCAGCCCAGGCAGCCCAAGGAGAAGGCUGUCUACUGGCCCACCAGCGCCCCCCUUAAUGGGGUCUCCACCUACAGGCAGGACUACCAGGGCCUGCCGGCCAAGCCCGUCAAGCCCUUCAGGGCCAAGGUGGCUUGGGAGAGCAGCCGGGCAAUCUUCCAGGGGACCAGCGAGUUCCGUGAUCAGUACAAGGCCUGGCCCCUGCAGCCCAAGCACCGGCACCAGGCUGAGGAGUACUGCCCACCUGAGGGCACUAUGGUCGGUCUGUCCACAGCUCACGCUGACUAUGUCGGCCACGAGUGCCAGCAACGACCCCAGUCCGCCCGCCCCCCGGUCGAGGCAUGGACAAAGGAGGCCAGGGAACCCCUCCAGACCAGGUCCACCAUGAAGGAGGACUACCGUGCCUGGGACAUGGUGCGUCCCUCCCCCACGUUACACGCAGAUGAGCUAGAGAAACCCAAGGGGGCUUUCGCCAAGACCACCAACUUCCGCUCAGCAUACGCACCCAAGUCUGCCCAGCGCGCCGCUAGCUUCAAGCCCACCCAGACACUGCUGAGCCCCCAGGCCAUGGAUGAAGACUCUGUCUAUCGCCCCACCUACAUGCCCAAGGAGGUCCCAUCUUGCCCAGCCUGGGAUGGCUGCCCUCCUGGCUUUGAGUACAGCUCCACAGGUGCUGGAGGACACAGGCUGUACCGGACCAUCUCGAUACAGGAAACAGGGCUGAGUCAGCUGGCUGCAGCCACGAGCAAUAAGCCCUCUUACUCCCACAGCAGGAAGAGCUGCAGGGUCCCCAGACAAGCCAAGAGAGCGCCAUAG